GCAUCUGUUAUUUGUUAUUACUUGCGAAUGAUUUAUAUAACAAGGUCUUCGUUUAAUUUUGAGGUGAUUUCAAUCCAGACAACACAUGUGCCAUCCCUCAUAGUUGUUUUUCUUGGUAAUAUCGUAGACAGUUUUUCUAACAAAUAUAUUAUACCAUGAAUAUUGACGAACUUCCUCCAGAACUUCUUGUUAAAAUCUUUUCACAUCUAUCACAAGACGACCUAUUUACGGUAAUAGACAAGGUGUGUGUAAAUUGGAGGGAGCAGUUAUUGCAUGAACCAUCGCUAUGGAGAAAAAUCAACUUUCCGUAUCACAUCUGGAUUGAUUUUUCAAAAUACACCAAACAAUUUACAAACAUUGCUUCACACAUUCAGGAGCUGACAAUAGCAGAACACCGAUUACAACAGGUCUUAAAUUAUGGCGGGAACAUGAUGUUUUCCAAUCUGAAAGUGAUCCAUGUCAGUUUAGAUACUUAUGACUUUUGUAAUGAAAUCGUCAAAAGAUGUCCAGUUAUUGAGACAGUUGGGCUCUCAAUACAGGAUGCGUUACGAGUAGACAUAGAAAAAUGCUUGAAAAUAUUCGAAAGCAUAAUGCUCAAAGGACUCUUAAUUGAAUACCGCGGGGAAAGAGAAAAAUUUAAUCGUGCAAUGACAUCAUUUCUAAGGAAACAGCCAGCCUUGCAGGAAUUGGUUGUUACUACGGAGAAAAUAUUUGCAGAUAAUGUAUUUAAAGAUUUGUUCAAAUUGUGUCCAGAAAUAACAAAGUUUCAUUGUGGGGAAGACUGUAUAUCUAAUUCAGUAUUUACAGAUAGUGUAGAACCACUUGAUAUAACAGAUUUGUCAGUAACAGGUGCUUUUGAUUUUAAUGACGAUGGUUUAAGUUCAGCAACAAGUAGGUCAAGAAACCUGACAUCAUUGGAUAUAACUGGAUGUACAAAUAUAUCUAAUGACGGAUUUCGUUAUAUUUCCGAAAACUGUAAAAGUUUGAAGAAAUUAACAUUUGGUUCAAAAUUUAUGGACUUUAGACCUUUGGCGAUUGCGAGCGAGAGUUUAAGUGUUAUAGCUGCUGGAUGCCAACUUUUGGAGUCACUGUCUGUCAGGCAGUGUAGUAUAGAUGCUUUAGGCGUAACACGCAUUGCACAGUGCUGUAGAAAUAUCAAGGUCAUAGACUUUCACUUGUGUCCAAUGAUAUCAGACACAUCGCUUUUCGCCAUUGCAGACAAUUGCAUACAUCUUGUCACGGCUAGUUUUACUUUAGCAGACGGCAUCACCAUUAAAGGUGUCAUUGCUCCAAUUUUAUCCUGUCCAAAGAUGUAUAGACUAAGAUUUGGUUUCUGUAACAAUAUAACAUACUUACCGGACAACGCUGAAGAAUUUGCACCCAAUGAACCCGAUCAAGAACGGGGUGUUAUUCGCAGAUACUUUGAAAAGGUUAACACCAUAAACCGAGACGGCAUUGAUGUAAAUCUUUCUCAUUUAAAAAUACUUCAGUUGCCAUGUCCUAAUAUUACAACACGGACUAUUCUACAGCUUGCAGUUCUGUGUCCAGAAUUAGAGCGUUUGGACACAGGACGCUGUCGCCUAAAUUUUAACCCGGAAGAAAAAGAAAAACUUAUGUCUUCGUGUAGAUUGUUGAGCUAUGAGGAAGAUUGAAAGAUUCCAGUAUUUAGAAAAUGAUGAAAAUAACAUCAUUUUGAUAUGUUUAUAGUAUGCACAAUACCAAUGCAAUCAAGAAAACAUUAUAACGAAAAAGAAGAAAACAGAAAUUUCAAACAUCAAUCAUAUAGUUUCGAUUAAUUUAUGUAUCCAUUUAUUUAAAAGAAAAAUCAAAAUUCACAUACAUGUAAAACAAUUUAUCCUUCUUUUUUGUAUUCUUUGACCUUUUUUUAAGUCUUCGAUCCUUGUUGUAAUUUAUCAUCACGAGUUCAACAUGCGAUGUUUGUUGAAAAUAGAAAAACAACUGUACAAUUUGUCAAAACUUUAAAUCAAAUAGACUGAUUAUAUAAUGGUUUACUUUUAUACAUUAUGAAUUGGAUGAAGAGUUGUCUCAUUGGCACUCAUAUCACAUCUUCUUAUAUCUGAUUAUUAUAUUAUUAAUUCGUAUAUUUUAACUAAUUCGUUCAGGGAUAGUCACAUGUUAAACUAUAUUUUCGAAGGUAGAGAGAAAACGGCGAAUAGCAAAAAG